UCCGCCUCCUCGCCGGGCCGGGCUGCGCCGCCGGGGCUGAGCCGCCGCUAGAACUGCGAACCGAGCGGCCGCUGGGCGCGCCAGCAGCGCGGGAGGAUGGGCUGCGGCGGUAGCCGGGCGGAUGCCAUCGAGCCCCGCUACUACGAGAGCUGGACUCGCGAGACGGAGUCCACAUGGCUCACCUACACCGACUCGGACGCGUCGCCCAGCAACGCCACCCCGGACAGCGGCCCCGAGGCGGGCGGCCUGCACGCAGGUGGGCUGGAAGAUGGCAUGCCUUCCAACAGUGUGCCCCGAUCGACAGCCCCAAGUGGAAUAUCCAACCCAGAGAAGAAGAUGAGCUGUGGGACCCAGUGCCCAAAUCCCCAGGGCCUCAGCUCAGGCCCCCUGACCCAGAAACAGAAUGGCUUCCGGACCACAGAGGCUAAAAGAGACACUAAGCGGACGUCUGGAAAGGAAGUCACCAUUAACGUCGCGGACAGCAUUCGACAGGUGGACAGAAGUCGAAGAAUCACAAAGAACUGCAUCAACUAGCAGAGUGUUCAACCAGUUGAAGGGCAGAGGGACUUCUUUGGUGCCCUUCACAUCCUGGACCCCAUCGCGGAACCUUGAAGACGUGGUGGCCCUUGCUGUGUGGGAACGCUGCUGAUUGCCUUGGGAGACUGUCUUAGCCUGUUGGGACGUUCUCAGCCUCCUAUUUAUCACAUAAAUGUAUUGGCAGAGUACUCCCAUAGGGUAAUAAACUGCAAAUGUAUGUUCAGUUUGCCCCUUGCAACUGCUGCAGUGUGGUCUGAUGGAAAAGUGGCGAGCAAAAGCACAGGCCAGUUAAGGAAAUGGAAAAGUAGAAGGGGUAGGUUCCUGGUUGAAAGAGUCACAGUCGGUUCUGAGCUCUCCUGGCCAUGGUCGUGCGCACUGUUUCAGGCAAGCUUAUUCUUUCAUUCUUCCUUUUUGAAAUACCACCAUCUCACAGCUUACCGUGUUCACUUAAAAGCUGGCUUUCACCCAACUCUAAACCCACAUGUAUGAGGAAUCAAGAAACAGGAAAACUGUUAUUCUUGUUUCCUUAGCUCAGGAUGAGACAGCUUCAGAUCCAAUUUUACACAAACUAACCCCACCAACACCCAUGGUGUAUCCCAGGGAGGGCCUCUGUGAUACAGUCACACCCAUUUCUCUCCCAUCUGCCUUCAGCAUCCCCCCGGGCCAGGGUCCACAUCAGCUUCUGAACCGUAAUAUCACAGUAGUGGUCACCUCGGCACCCUCAAGGCUCAGCAGACAUUGCAUUUUUCCAGCUUUCCACUUCCCGUUGCUUGUGUUCUUGAGUGUUUUUUCUCUCCAAUAAGGCCAUUUGCAGUUGUUAAUCAAAGACCAGGCUCACAAGAGGGAGAAAAUCUGGAACAUGUUGGCUUCCCUUUGGCCUCUCUGCACAGCCCAGGACUGUGUCAUUUGGUAUCUGCAAAGGAAUCGCUUUAAAAAGUCAGUACCUAGUUGGUGUGCGUUCACAUGGACAUUAGAUCCACAUGCACUGUGUUAGAAAUCUGUAGCUGAGGCAGUAAAAAAAACAAAAUCGGUAGGAAUAAAAUUUUCUAGCAUUUCUUUAAACAUGUUAAGGUGGAAGUAUUUUCCUCCGAAGUAAUGUAGCAUGAUUUUUAAAGGACUGUUAACAUGCCUGGAAUUGGGAAAGGUAGGACUAAAGUUGUACCGAAUGAUACCAAUAAACUCCAUGUUUAGCAGAAA